CCUAGUGACCUAGCCCAACCUAACUCUUCACUAUGAUGGAAAAUUACAAUUUACAAUUGAAAAAUGGUUGUAACCAGACAUUUGUUGAAUAGCCGGUCGACAAAUUGUAUCCGAAAAUAUAAAAUCUUUUUUAUCAUUGGUAUCAGUAUAUUAUGUAUUCAAGUAUAUUUAGCAUAUUCUUUUUUAACAUUAGAAAACGAAGAUCGAAAAACGCCUAAAAAACGUAUUACUGACUUAAAAGAUUUUUCUCACUCAGAAAUAGGAGAGGGUCUUCCAAAAGGAACACGGCAAUUAAAAUUGCCACCUGAUAAACAAGCAGGUCAAAAUAAAUUACAACAAUCACGUCGUAAUCGUACAAAUAUUGUUACUUUAGAUCGAAAAUCACUUAAUUUUACUCCAAUCUGUGAUGUGACUGGACGAGAGGCAGUUAGUGCCAUAACACGAGCACAAUCUCAAAUAUGUAAAGAGUAUAUAGUCAAUGUGACGUGCCUUAGUCAUCAAGGUUUAUUAUAUCCAAAAACCUUAAAAUCAUCCUGUCCUCAUUCAACAGGUUUCACAGGAAUUCCAAAGAAUAUUGGUUGCUUCAAGGAUGAUAAACUUUUUCGCAUUCUCAAUGGUUUUAAUACAAUUUUUAAAAAUAAUAAUUCCCCACAACAAUGCGCAUACAUGUGUUUACAAUCUGGAUAUUCAUUCGCUGGUACCGAAUACUCAGUCGAAUGUUUUUGUGGAAUGGAAGAGCCAUCUCAAACUAGUCGACUGCCUGAUUCUAGUUGUAAUAUGAAAUGCCCUGGUGAUUCUAAACAAUCAUGUGGAGGUUAUUUAACUAUAAACGUUUUCCAUACUGGAAUUAAAAGAUUUAAACCCCAAGAAGCAAAGAAUUCUAGUUCAAGUCUAGUGAAAGACAAGCCUAUAAGAAUAGCGUAUUUAAUUACUGUCAAUGGCAGAGCUAGUCGUCAAGUUAAACGUCUAAUUCGUACUCUAUAUCACACUUCUCAUCUUUUUUAUAUUCACGUUGACGCGAGACAAGACUAUUUAUAUCGUGAAAUGUUAGAGGUAGAAAGAAAGUGUAAAACAAAUAAUAUCAAAGUGGCAAAAGGUGAAGGCUUGCGACACGCAAGUAUUUGGGGUGGAGCGAGUCUUUUGACAACUGUUUUAAGUUCCGCAAGACAAAUGCUCGCCCAUUCUGAACCAUGGGAUUUUUUAGUUAAUUUAUCGGAAUCGGAUUUUCCAAUUAAAAAUAAUACAUUAUUGACUGAAUUUCUUUCAUUGAAUAGGGGAAUGAAUUUCGUUAAAUCCCAUGGAAGGGAGGUGCAACGUUUUAUCACUAAACAAGGUUUGGACAAGAGUUUUGUCGAGUGUGAAGCACGUAUGUGGCGUAUUGGCGAUCGAAAAUUACCAAAUGGUAUUCAAAUUGACGGCGGAAGCGAUUGGAUCGCAUUAAGUCGAAAUUUCGUGGAAUACGUUGCAAAUCCAAAUCCAGAUUCAUUAAUAGCUGGUCUUUUAAAAAUUUUUCAAUACACAUUGUUGCCAGCUGAAUCAUUUUUUCACACAGCAUUACGUAAUUCAAAAUUUUGUAAUUCUUAUGUUGAUAAUAAUUUACAUGUGACAAAUUGGAAGAGAAAACUUGGCUGCAAAUGUCAAUAUAAGGCAGUUGUCGAUUGGUGUGGAUGUAGUCCUAAUGAUUUUAAACUUGAAGAUUUUACACGUUUACGUGGAACAUUGCAGAGAAAUUUAUUUUUUGCAAGAAAAUUUGAACCAAUUAUUGAUCAAAGAAUUAUCGAUAGAGUGGAACAUUGGUUAUAUCCAUCUUCAAUAAAUACAACAGUCAAUGCAAAGGGAUACGAUAUGUAUUGGCAGAGUCUUUUUCAUCAUGCAGAUUUAAGUCCACUUGCCGAUGAUACACUUUUAACUAUUUCUAAUUCACUUGCAAGACUUGCAUAUCGUAAUUUUAAUAUUGAAGAGAAUAAUGUUCAUCUUUUAGAAACAACGGCUUAUUUUCAUGAAAAUAGAUUUGUGGGUAUUUUAAUAAGAGCCGAGGCAAAUGUGAGAAUAAUUGAAUCGUCAACAUUGCAAGCUGAAUUUCCCGAGCAAAUAGAAUUAUUGAUUUAUUUGAAGAAAUUUAUAUCAACUAGUUCUGAUUGGUUAGGAAAAAUACGCGAUCUUAGCGUAAGCACUGAUUAUGAUCAAAAGGAACAAACAUUUAGGAAUUUAAUUAGUGGAUUGGGACCAUUUUCCAGUCCAAUUUUAGCCUAUGAAUUUGAAUCGGAACUAGUCACACCGCAGAAUGUUACAAUUUUGUGGAUUGAUCCAUUAGGAAUAUUAGCGGAUGUUAAUUAUAUGCAGUUAGAAGAAACAACGCUUGUGGGACAUGUGAGGCCACAAUUAAAUGAACGAUUAUUAAUUGGAACAUGGCAAGUUAUUUUGGUAUCCAAUGGUGAAUUAAUGGCGCAAUUAAAAUUUUUAAUAACGCCAUUGGCUUAUUGGAAAAAUCAAAAAAUCUCUACUGAUAAAGCAAGAGAAAUUCACAAUGGUUCAUCUGGUCCUUAUCAUAUUGCUAAGGAUUUAGUGCACAAGUGGAAAAAUUUCUUGAAACCUUUAAUAUACUCGGAUGAAAAGCAACGAAUAAAUAAUAAUAAUAAUGUUGAAGAAAGAAUUGGUUCCGAGUUAAAUCAAUGGAUAGACAAUUUAAUAAUAGAUUAUUAUGAGAUUAAUAAAAUUUGUUACGUUAGUGGUCGGUUUAAGUUUAAACCGAUUUUACAAAAAUGCUCUUCUACUCGAUGGAGCUCCUUGAGCUCUGAUACAAAGUCUGAUGUUCAUACUAUAUCGUUGUCAAAUCAAAUGUUGCGAAUUUUGUUAAUUUGUAUUGUUUUUUUAUUGAAUGAAAGCAACAGUCAAUAUGUUCCCCCUGAUGCAACAGUUCAACCUCUUCAUCCAAUAGGAAUAAAAAUUUCUAUUCCGGAUGAAGAAGGAAUUUCUUUGGUGGCAUUUCAUGUAAAUUUUAAUAAAGAAUUUUUUGGAUUGGAGGCUGGAACAAUAGCACGAGAUAUAAUAAAACCCAGAAAUGGAAGAUGGACUUACGAAGAUCGAAGUACAAAAUUGAAAGAAGGAGAUGUAGUUUAUUAUUGGCUGCAUAUUGUCUUUGAAGGAUUAGGAUAUAAUUUACUUGAUCAACAAUACAUUGUAACAGACUUUUAUGAUUAUAAUGGAGUUUUAAUUGGCGGAUCAACUGGUACCACUUUUAAUGGCAAUGAAACUUGUACUCAAACAUUAACAAAAGUUUUUGGUCGCGAAAAUCAAACGGAAACCGUUUGUGGAGGAGCUCUUAUUUUCGAAGAUACUUUUGAAAAUGAUAAUCAUCUUAAUCAGUCAAAAUGGAAUAUUAUUGAAAGAUUUUCUGAAUCGCCUGAUUACGAAUUUGUUGUUUAUCGAAAUUCAAAAAAGAAUGUCAACGUUGUGAAUGGAAAUUUAAAAAUUACACCGAUACUUUUAGAAGACAGUUGCGGUUUUCAUUUUGUAGAAAAUGGAAGUUUAAGUUUAAAUAAAUGUACUGGAGAUCAUGGAUCAAGAGACUGUCAACGUAAAGCACAAGGAUUUCAUAUUUUACCACCAGUUAUCUCCGGUCGGAUUGAUACGAAAAAUAUUUUUUCUUUUCAAUACGGACGAAUUGUAAUUAGAGCAAAAAUGCCACGAGGUGACUGGAUUUAUCCACUUCUAUGGCUGGAACCAAUGGACAGACAAGGAACACUCAUGGGAAAUGAUAUACUAUUUUGUUUUCAAUUGCGAGUAGCAAGUGCAAGAGGAAAUACCGAAUUGCAAUCAUCUAAUGAAGAAGAUUUAAGUGGACGCAUUCUUCGUGGUGGAUUUCUUACUCAUACCGUUUUACAUACAAAUGAUAUUUCCACUCUAAAGACAAAUGACAGUACAAAAAGUAAAAUUUCUCCACAAUUGUGGUCCGAUGAAUUUCAUCUUUUUGAAAUGGAAUGGAGACCAGAUGUAAUCAUUUCGAAAGUUGAUGGAGAAAUUUAUGGAGAGACAAAAUUUGAUUCACCAUUACAGUUGCCGUUCUACGUAACUUUGGGUGUUGCUGUUGGUGGAUACACUGAAUUUCCUGACAAUUGUAAAAAUAAAGAGUAUACAAAACCAUGGAGCAACUUUAAAUCAAAGGCACUUUUAAAUUUCUAUCGUAAACAAUCAACAUGGUUCAAUACUUGGAAAUCAGGAACAUCUUUAAAAGUGGAUUUCAUAAAAAUUUGGGCUUUGUGAUAUGAAUUCGGACCAUUUUCUUAUAUAUAAAGUAUAAUCCAUUAAAUCUCGACGAUUCAAACGUUCUUCUUUUUUCUCAUCUUUUAUUUUAAAUCUUUUCAUCGUACUUAACAUUCUAAGAGCGAUAUGGCAUUUAAUAGAAUUCUCACACAUUUUACACAUUUAAGUAUUCUUAUUUCUAAGGCUUUUAUCAUAAAUUACUUUAUGUAUUAAAAAAAAAUAUGUAUAUUUUCAGGGUAGCAAUUAUUAGAAACUGAAAAAUCAACUAUUUGUAGUUCUAUUUGACUAAUAUUAUAAUUAAAAAUUGCAAAUAAAAUACUUCUUUUCUCAUUA